UGUCCGCGGUGGGAGUUUUAUGUGCAUGUUCUGAGAUGUGAGAGUGUUAGGUGUUUGAAUGCGUGUAGUAUGUUUAUUAAGUGUGGAGGAGUCUCUCCCAGUCGCGUAUAUUGCGUGGAAAGUAUGAGCGUGUGAGACUUGGUGUUAGCGUGGAUGUUAAGUAUUUGUGGUUGGGUGUGUUACGGCUAUUAAUUGCUUGCGUAUUUUAAGUAUUCAUGUUUGUUGUCAAUUUGAUUGUUUGUGAAUUUGUGCAUCAUUUUUUUGCCUUUGUGCUUCUCAGCGAAGUGCGGAGGUGUCCAUAUUUAAUUGUUUAAUACGUAUUGUUAUGCAGGAGUUUGCUUGUAAUUGUUUGUGGUGAACCUGGCUGCAGCUGUGUUAGUCUUUUUCCAGCUUUUGUAUAUUUGUCUGCGUGUGUAGGUCACAAACCACUGCACAGUACUCCUUUGUGUUGAACACUGUCUGUGUGUGCAUUGAAUCUUGUGUUGGUGUAUAGUGUGAUGCUUAAAUAUUUGUGUGGUGUUGUGGUUGUUAGUUGUUGUGAAUUGAAGGUGUAUGUGCAUUGUGCUGUAAAGGUGUUGGGGGAGCGGGUGUAUGUUGAAAUUAAUCUGCAUUUGUUCGGCCUAAAGGUCUGGUCAAAGAUACACUUUCCAUUAUUUUUUUUUUCCUUAAAGAACGACAGAAUAAAAAAAAAACAGGGUAUUUUAUUUAUUUUUUUAUUUUUAUUUAUUUUAUUUUAUUUUUCUAUGGAUCGUUAUCCUUAACACAUUUCAGUGCAUAAAAAUUGCAUUUCUGAUCAUUGACUCCAUUGCUGGCAUGAUGUACCGAAAUACCAUUUCAUUUGUUAGGUCAAGAUAAAAUCAGUUAGAUUAUAUUUGGUAACGUAACCGUAACUUAAUGUUUUAUUCUAAUAUACCGCAGCUUUGGUCUUAAAAAUUCCUUUUGCGCCAGUUACCCCAAAAAUAUUCCCUCCUAUUUAAGUCGCGCUUAUCAUUCGAUUGGGGAGAAUAUGUUUGGAGUUAUCCACGAAUGAAUUAUCUGAUUAAUGAAAACAGGUCGAGAAGAGUUUAGAGUGGAGAUAAUGGCGAAAAGAAGGAACGAUAAACACAGAUAAACAACAUUCCUUAGAGGGAUUAUGUCAGGCUGACCACAAGAAGAGGAAUAAGAAGGAUGUAAUACAAGGGCUACCCGCCAACCAACCAACGCCCUCUUUGUGGUUCCAGCCGUCAUUGAGGUGAAUGAGGUUAUACGUCCAUAGUGACCUCUUAGUCUUGAGACUCGACGUCACGUAGAAACCUUCUGGUGUGUCAUCACCCCUUCUGCAUAACACGAUAUGUCAUAAAUGAAUUAAUAGGACAGUCAAUAUGGGAGUGUUCAUUUUGUCUAUUGUGUCAGACCUUAUCUUGUUUGAAGAUUACUUGGAUCAGGAGAAGAUUAGCUGCUUGUGGGAUGGCAGGACACCACACCAAUGAAGAACACAAGGCUCUGCUUCCUCUCACUCCAGUGCCCUGGACACUGAAGGCACCUCAUCAGAAUAAUCCUCAGCAUUGGUGCAGCUUCCCUGGGAGAGCAGUGUUGCAUGGCAUCAUGUCUGAAGGGAGAGGAGCAGGAUGGUCACCUAUGAUGGUGGGUUGUACAAGUUGACCAUCUCUGUGAUAAAUAAAACAUUCAGCCAUGGAGGAACAGCUGCCCCUGUACCUGUGGACCAAACAGGCACAGCAGUUCCAGUCUCAGCAGAUACAAACACAGCAAAUCCCAGCACAGCACCUGCCAGUGGACCAGACCCAGCAGGUGCAGCAGCAAGUUCCACAGCAGGUGCCACAGGUACAGCAGAUCCAGCCGAUCCAGCCUGAGGCCACCGAGGGCAAGUACACCUGCUUGGAAUGUGGCAAGGCAUUUUCAAAAAGAAGCAGCUUUGAGUACCACAGGAAAACACACACAGGUGAGAAGCCAUUCCACUGUGGUAUCUGUGGAAAAGCCUUUGCCAACAAUAGGAAUCUUGUGGUCCACACCCGAAUCCACACGGGUGAGCGGCCAUAUGAGUGCAAGGAGUGUGGGAAAGCCUUCACACAGCGCAGCAUGCUGACAGUGCACUUCAGAAUUCACACUGGUGAGCGGCCGUACCUGUGCAGUGAGUGUGGCAAGUCCUUCUAUCAGAGUGACCACCUCACCAAGCACCGCAGGAUUCACACAGGUGAAAAACCAUAUGCGUGUGAUGAGUGUGGCAAGGCAUUCUCUGACAGCAGUGCUUUGAGGCAACAUAUUAAGAGACACCAGGAAGUGGGUCCAUUUAGCUGUGAAUACUGUGAGGAAAUUUUUGAUAAGAAAGUGUCAUAUGAUUUACACAUAAUGGAACACAAGGGUAUCAAGCCAGAGGAGUGUGACAUGUGUGGCAAGCAGUUCCCUACCAAAGGACUCCUCACCAACCAUAGGAGAUCCCACUUUAAGGAGAAAGCAUUUAAGUGCGAACUGUGUGAUGCCGAGUUCAUGCGCUUGGUGACCCUCAAGAAACACGUGAAGUAUGCACAUGGCCAUGGAACAUCAGGCAGACUCCCUCCGGUGUAUGAUGGCAGACCACUGAGGAAGCCCUACGGGGAAUCCAAACCCUUCAAGUGUGAUGAGUGUGAUAUGAUAUUUACAACAAAUGGGAAAUUUCUAGCUCAUCAGCACACUCAUCGUCCAAAUAAGCAGUUCAAGUGUGAGGACUGUGGCAUGUGCUUUGCUAAAAGCUACACGCUGGAGGUGCACCGACAGAUGCACACCAGUGUGUCCCCAGUUAUCCAGACACAGCCACAUGCCAUGCCCACCAUAACAUCCAUCAUGCCUGUGAUAGCCAUUCCUGCUGCUGUCAACGUUCCUCAAAACUCAGGCAAGAUAACGGCCUAUGUUAAAGUUCCUCAGCGGCCAAUGGCAGUCAAGCGGGAGCCUCGGUGUGACGAUCCACUGGCGGUGGCCACGGCAGCAGCACAGGUCACCCCAGACCUGGUGGAGAGCCUGACCCUGCCAGAGCAGCAGCAGCCCUACAACUACCACUACCCUGUGCAGGGGAAGACAGUAUAUGCAGCAAAGUUUAGGAAAUAGCUUAACAUGUGUGUAGAAGUUCACCUGUUGUGUGUAUAUAAGGAGUGGAAAUUAAUAUUAUUUCAAACUUACAAGAUCCAUGUGAUGGAGUAAAUAUUUUGUGUAUCAAUUUAGUCCAUGGCAAUGCUUUAAAGGUGCAUAUAAUGUACAUAUAAGGCAAAUUACCUAAUUAUCAUACUUUCACAGAAUGAGGUAUAUUUUUAAAUAGCCAAAUGCCAUUGCCAUAGAUCCAGAAACACUUGUGGGAGCAUGCAGUGUAAUUUAUCCUUUGGUCUGGUAUCAUUAUGAACUAACAACCACCAUCACCACCACUGCCUUGAUCUCUGCUUCUUCCCAUAUGACAGAGGCAAAAUACAUGUCCUUUACUUCCAAACAUGCUUUCUUUGCCACAGGACUGCUUCAGGUUUAUUCUUUUUGCCAAUAGAUGCAGAAGAAUCAUCUUUAAAUAACUCAGUACUAAGAGAAUCAGCCAUCCAAUGGGCAUAUACAAUAUAUGUUAAUGAUAUUAUUUGAUCCUGUUUUCUUGUUGUGUGUGGCAAGUUAAUAUGGUGCACUUGUCCAUAUUCACACCUCAUUUUCUUGGUGUUUUUCAUUAUCUUCCUGUGAUUCUCACUUGAUGUGGAAUACUGUAACAAAAUUGUUGAUAAAAGCUGUGUGCUGUCGUGAGCUGCACACACUUUGGGGCAUCACCACAAGUAUUUUGUUAAUUUUGUGGAGAGUUCUGUCUAUUCAGCCAACAAAGUAUUUUCCUUUUAGGCCAACAUGUUGGCAAAGAAAUGAUACAUUUAUUAAUUGAUUGUGGUGGGCUGCAAGAGAGGAAUCGUAUGGUACCUUGUGUGAGAUGAGGCCACAACAGACAUCUCAGUCUUGAGUCAUAAUAACAAAGAGCAAAUGAUCUGGGUUGCUUGCCAUUGCAUCUCAUAAAUACCUUCAUUGUGAUGGGCCUGACAAGUCAGAUUCCUACAGUACUUUGAAGAAUGCAUUUAAGAACCAGUUGGAAAAGUACUUGUGGUGGAUUCUUCUUGGAUGCAGCUGGAAUAGGGACAUGGUCUGUUCUCUUACCAGAUCAAGUAAAGUAUCACCAAAACUUUAGGAGGGUGGGUAGUUGUCUAAUUUGUGAAUCUUGAUGAGAAAAUAUCCAGCCUCACAUCUGAUUGGUCCAUUAAGUCUUUUUCCAAUAAUUUAUAUACUCCCAGGUCUUAUUCAAAUAUGAAUGAGUUACAUUGGAAGUGUUUCUGGGAGAUCAAUAGUACCUACUUGGCAAUCCAACUUCAAACUAAAUGGUUGUAAAUUGUUAAAAUAGUUGGUUCUGAGAUGUGUGUAUAAGAUGAUGUGAAUUUAACUGUAGUAGUGCAGAACUGGAAUCUGUGGCUCUUGUUCUUCAAACUUACCUAUUCUUAAUUUGUUGUAAAGGGAAUAGAGAAAUUUAGUUCUUUUGUGAAAGAUAUUUGCUUUGUUGUGGAAUAUGAAGUUUUGGUGGUCACCUCCCAUAAUACAUUCUCUCUCUCUCUCUCUCUCUCUCUCUCUCUCUCUCUCUCUCUCUCUCUCUCUCUCUCUCUCUCUCUCUCUCUCUCUCUCUCUCUCUCUCUCUCUCUCUCUCUCUCUCUCUCUCUCUCUCUCUCUCUCUCUCUCUCUCUCUCUCUCUCUCUCUCUCUCUCUCUCAGAUGCUUCAGAUAGCAAGUUAAACAUGUACGGUAUUUAUUCAUGCAGGCAUUUUUGAGUGUGCAAGAAUAAAAGGAGUGAUAUAAUGUGUUCAUGCAUUAGGAUACCCUGAGUGAUAAUCAUGAUGUGUGACUAAUGGAGAGAGAGAGAGAGAGAGAGAGAGAGAGAGAGAGAGAGAGAGAGAGAGAGAGAGUAAUUUAUCUUGGUUUUUUAUUUUUAUUUAUUUUUUUUUUUUUUCAAUAAAUGUCAUGAGGUGUAAGAUGUGAAGCAAUCAGUCUGGUGCAUUAUAUCCUAACUCUGCAGCCAACUGCAGGAAAGUAUUGUUUUGUGAACUUGUCAUGAUUUAGUAAGUUAUUCAUGUGUUGAGAUAAAGUGUUUAUGAUGUGCUUCACCUGGCACUGCUGGCUGAGGUGAUGAUAGUUAUGCUACCUCAUCACUAAGCUCUGAUAAAUGUUUAAUAUUAUGCAGUAUAAACAAGCUACAUGAUUAGUCUCAUUUUUAACACAGACAAGUCUUACAUAAGUGUAGAUGAUGCCUUUCCAUUGUAUUUUUGUAGAAUGUAUACUUCAUACAUAGUGCAGCUGGAAACUGUUAUUUGAUUGUUGCACAUACUGUGUUACAAAGGAUGGGAUGUGUGUGAUGGGGAGGAUGUGGUGUGGAUGUUUGUGACAGUAGGACAGAUGUCUUUCCUUGCUUUCUUUGACAUUGUUUGGUGUCCAGGUGCUGUGGUACCACUUAGUGUACAUUUUACAGUUGAAUUAUCAGGAGAGUAACUUGUGUGAAAAAGAGGGAGAGUAAUUAUUUGUUGAUUACUAAAAACUGCACUUUUGCUGUAUGUGUUCUCCACCAAGAUACUUCUUAUUUUUAUUUAUUUAUUUAUUUUUAUUUUUUUAUUGUUUUUUUAUUAUUUAUUAUUUUCUCAUGGAAUGAUACUGCUAUGGUUUUGUUAAUGUAUUUGAAUUAUUUACUAUAUAUUGUAUGUAAAUGUAUGUAUGUAUAUGAAAGCUUGAGAGUCACUGUGUAUGAUAGAGUGAUAGUAGGUAAGAACAAUGUACUACUAAUCAGUAUGAUGAAUUUCAUUUUGUUGAAACUUGAAGUAUAUAUAGAGUACAAUAAUAAAUUAUUAUAUAUUGA